CAGCCAUUCGCCGGCGGGGAAGCGGAGUCGGGGACCUGCAGGCUCAGGGGCUGAUGUAUCGGGAGCCCUUUGAGAAGUCGAAGAGAGGUAGUAGCUGCGAGGCCCUGCCCUGAGCCGCACGAGGGGAUCCGAGGCCAUCUUCUGUUCUCGAGAAGGCAGCCCGGCAUUUUCCCCUGAGGGAGGAGGGCGAGCUGUGUGGUGUCGCCUCCGCGGAGUACGACCGGCUCUCCCUGCCCGCCGCCUCGCGCCUUCGGGCCGCCGCAGAGCGCGUUUCUUCGAGCCAAGGUACUUCUCUGACUUCUCCCUUCUCAGUCCCUUCUGCAAGGCACCUGCUGCUGGUGUCAGAAAAGAAAAAUUUUGUAAUACGACAAACCAACAACAAAAUACAGAACGUCUCCUGCAACCACCACCAGCUCUCCCACCCCAGAAGCCCUGUCUACAAAGAAGAAAUAAAGGAAUAAAUGGAUCACCUGAAGGAGGAAGGGAGUGUCUAGUCAGAAACUGUUGGAACAGGCAACUUUUAAAUACUGCUUUCUAAGUCCUGUACAACUUUCGCCCUUUAAACGUUUAUGGCUCACUUUAUAUGAUCUUUUAAAUUGCUCUAAUUGACUUGUAAUCCUGUGCCAGUGUUUCUGGAGUUCGCCUCCUUUUGGUACUACGUUUUGGGGAGCACGGCUAAUCACCAAAAACCGUUCUGUGAAAAAAAAAAAAAAAAACCUCCAGCCUUUACCAGUGCUACCAAAGAAGCCUUUGAACCAUGUGGACUUUUCUUGGCAUUGCCACUUUCACCUACUUUUACAAGAAAUGCGGAGACUUCAUGACUUUGGCCAACAAGGAGCUUCUCUUGUGCGUGCUGGUGUUCCUUUCGCUGGGCCUGGUGCUCUCCUAUCGCUGUCGUCACCGAAACGCGGGUCUCCUCGGGCGCCAGCAGAGCGGCUCCCAGUUCGCGGUCUUCUCUGAUAUUCUUUCAGCUUUGCCUUUCAUUGGCUUCUUCUGGGCCAAGUCCCCUUCUGGAUCAGAAAAUAAAGAAGAGCAUGAGUCCAGGCGGCGGAGAAAAGGAACCAAUAUUUCAGAAACAACCUUAAUAGGAACAGCUGCUUCUUCUACAUCAAUAUUUUCUCAAAAUGAUCCAGAAGUUAUCAUCGUGGGAUCUGGCAUACUUGGCUCUGCUUUGGCAGCAGUACUUUCCAGAGAUGGAAGAAAGGUGACAGUAAUUGAGAGAGAUUUAAAUGAGCCUGACAGAAUAGUUGGAGAACUUCUGCAGCCAGGUGGUUGUCACGUUCUUGAAGACCUCGGUCUUGGAGAUACAGUGGAAGGUCUUGAUGCCCAGGUUGUAAAUGGCUACAUAAUUCAUGACUGGGAAAGCAAAUCAGAAGUUCAUAUUCCUUAUCCUCUAUCAGAAAGCAAUCAAGUGCAGAGUGGAAGAGCUUUCCAUCAUGGCAGAUUCAUCAUGAGUCUCCGGAAAGCAGCAAUGGCAGAGCCCAAUACAAACUUUAUUGAAGGCAUUGUGCUGCAGUUACUAGAGGAAGAUGAUAUUGUGACGGGAGUUCAGUACAAGGAUAAAGAGACCGGAGAUAUUAAGGAACUCCAUGCUCCAUUGACUGUUGUUGCAGAUGGACUUUUUUCCAAGUUCAGGAAGAACCUGGUUUCCAGUAAAGUUUCUGUUUCAUCUCAUUUUGUUGGCCUUCUCAUGAAGAAUGCACCACAGUUUAGAGCAAAUCAUGCCGAACUUGUUCUACUUAACCCGAGCCCAGUUCUCAUCUACCAGAUUUCAUCCAGUGAAACUCGAGUAUUAGUUGAUGUUCGAGGAGAAAUGCCAAGGAAUUUAAGAGAAUACAUGGUUGAAAAAAUUUAUCCACAUAUACCUGAUCAUCUAAAAGAACCAUUCCUGGAAGCCACUCAGAAUUCUCGUUUGAGGUCUAUGCCAGCAAGCUUCCUUCCCCCUUCACCAGUAAACAAACGAGGUGUUCUUCUUUUGGGAGAUGCAUAUAAUAUAAGACAUCCUCUUACUGGUGGAGGAAUGACUGUUGCUUUAAAGGAUAUAAAACUGUGGAGAAAACUGCUAAAGGGUAUCCCUGACCUUUAUGAUGAUGCGGCUGUUUUUCACGCCAAAAAAUUAUUCUAUUGGACAAGAAAAAGGUCUCAUUCCUUUGUUGUGAAUAUCCUUGCUCAGGCUCUUUAUGAAUUAUUUUCUGCCACAGACGAUUCCUUGCAUCAACUAAGAAAAGCCUGCUUUCUUUAUUUCAAACUUGGUGGAGAAUGUGUUGCUGGUCCUGUUGGGCUGCUUUCUAUAUUGUCUCCUAACCCUCUAGCUUUAAUCGGACACUUCUUUGCUGUUGCCUUCUAUGCCAUAUAUUUUUGCUUUAAAUCAGAACCUUGGAUUACAAAACCCAGAGCCCUGUUCAGUAGUGGUGCUGUAUUGUACAAAGCGUGUUCUAUAAUAUUGCCUCUAAUUUACUCAGAAAUGAAGUAUGUGGUUUAUUAAGCUUAAGGAGGAACCAUCUGUGAAUGAAUAUUUGGACCUCACCAAGUCCUCGGAGGCUUUUGGAAAAGGAUGUAAAUAGCAUUGUACUUUUACCACUUCUAAAGCAGACACUCUUGGACCAAGAUUGGAAUUAAUUUGAAGUUUUGUAUAUAAACAUAUAAAUACAUGCUGAGAUUUAAAAUGAAGGGUAAAUUAAGUUUAGAUAUUUAAAAGAAAUGACUGUUACCAUAAAUUAGGUUUAAUACUGAGGAAUUAAGUUUUUUUUGAAUUUGGUUAUUUGGGACAGGUUGUUGGGACAUGCAAAUAAAAUGAAGAAUGAAC